AAAGGGGCUGCACAGUAGGCGCACAUAUUUGGCAGCCAGAGCGGGCCUCGUCGUGCCCCGUAUUCUCAGUUGCUUCGACGUAUUUCUCUCUCUGUCUAUACGGUUCAAGGGACUGAAGAAGGUAGAGAGAGAAACUCGAAGGGGGGAGAGGAGGGAGAUACAGAUUGUGUUGAUUUCUUAAUUCAAUUAUAGCUGUGUGAAUCGCCUCCGUCCCUCGCGCACCGGGCGGUGACCCUGCAAGCAAAAUGUUGUUUGGAGCCCAGUGUCAGUGACACCAUCUUGUAAUGCCUGUGCUUCUACGGGAAAUGGAGGAUCAUUCUGUCCAUCCCAUGUCUAAGUCUAACCAUGGCUCCUUGUCAGGAAAUGGUUAUGAGAUGAAACAUUCAGGCAAAAAAGUUUGCGAUAAGGAUUCAUCAUCAGAAUCUGAUCAGUCUCACCAAGAAGCAUCGGCAGUGAGUGAGAGCAGUCCAGCUGAACACACAUCAACUCAAUCAGACAAUGAUGAAGAUCAUGGGAAGGAUAAUCAGAACACAAUGAAACCAGUAUUGUCCUUGGGGAAGGAAGGGUCUGCCUUUUUGGCCCCAAAAUUAGAUUACAGCCCAUCUUUUGCUUAUAUUCCUUAUACUGCUGAUGCUUGUUAUGGUGGGGUUGGGGUCUUGACAGGAUAUGCUCCACAUGCCAUUGUCCAUCCCCAGCAAAACGAUACAACAAACUCUCCAGGUAUCUUGCCUGUGGAACCCACAGAAGAAGAGCCAAUAUAUGUUAAUGCAAAACAAUACCAUGCAAUCCUUAGGAGGAGGCAGACACGUGCUAAAUUGGAGGCCCAGAAUAAGAUGGUGAAAGGUCGGAAGCCAUAUCUUCAUGAGUCUCGCCAUCGUCAUGCCAUGAAGCGGGCUCGUGGAUCAGGAGGGCGGUUCCUCAACACAAAGCAGCUCCAGGAGCAGAACCAGCAGUACCAGGCACUGAGUAGUUCAAUGUGCUCAAAGAUCAUUGGCAACAGCUUAAUCUCCCAAAGUGGCCCCACCUGCACGCCCUCUUCUGACACUGCAGGUGCUUCAACAGCCAGCCAGGACCGCAGCUGCUUGCCCUCGGUUGGCUUUCGCCCCAUGACAAACUUCAGUGAGCAAGGUGGAGGAGGCUCGAAGCUGAUUGUGAACAGCAUGCAGCAGCGUGUUUCCACCAUAAGGUGAAGAGAAGUGGGCACAACACCAAUCCCAGGCGCACUGCCUGUGGCAACUCAUCCUUGGCUUUUGAAACUAUGAAUAUGCAAUGGACAUGUAGUUUGAGAUUCUCAGAAUAACCAAACGUGCAGACAUAUGCAAGUCCUUUUCAGCUUGCUGUAGCUGAAAGAACUGUGGUUAUGUUAUGAUGAGUUUGUUCCUGGAGACUGAUCCAUACCUCGUGCUGGGUGUUGAGGUGAAGCCAUGGAAACAUGUUGUGGACUUGUGGUUCAAUACCUUGCUGCCUAAAAGUGUCUGAAAGGCUAGCUCCCCAGUUUGCAAUUUUCCUGGUU